AUGAAACCCUCUGGCAUCCUCAUCCGCCUCCUUGUGGGUCUCUUGGCUUUCUGUGCCAUCAUGGCCAUGGCUUCUUUCAAGGAGAGACCAGGGAUGUGCCCAAUGCCUCCUCCAGAUAAAGUGACACCCUGCAUUGCCAGCUGUGCUGAGGAUUCUGUAUGCCUUUGGCCCGAGAAGUGUUGCAGUUGGGGAUGUAGGAAAAGCUGCCUGACUCCUGUCUACGGACUUUUGGCAUCUCAGGACUGGUCCUGCAAAGACUUUGGUGAUAGCAAACCAGCAGUCAGAAGUCCCAUCCUGUAA